CUUACAUCACCUGGAAAUCACAAAAACAGUUCAGUGAAUCUCGAUUCGUAGCCUUAAAGGUUUACGCUUGCAGAAACUAGGGUUCCAGCGAUCCAAGAGUUCAGAUAUGUAAACGAAACAUAUAUAUUUAAUUUGCAAAAAUACGUCUUUUUGUAAUUGGCUCACAGCGUAGUGGUUUUGAAUUUUGAUCCUGAUCCCGGUUUGGUCGGAAGAUUCUCGGACACGUGUGCAUUAGUCACGGACACGGUAAACAACUCUGGUCCUUUCAUUUACAAGGAAACAGCACAGAAGCGCAUCGUUGUAUAUCUGCUUUGCUUACUCGUCUCUUCCUCAUAUAAAAGACCAAACCUUUUCACAAUUUCCCCAACUAGAAUCGAGAUAAUAUUGUGCCCUCCUCCAUUUACAUUUCUGCACGAUCAAGCAAAAGGUAUGGUGAAAGAGACCGAGUACUAUGAGAUCUUAGGCGUCGAAACUAAUGCUUCAGAUGCUGAGAUUAAAAAGGCUUACUACUUAAAAGCAAGGAAAGUUCAUCCAGACAAGAACCCUGGAGACCCUCAAGCUGCUAAAAACUUUCAGGUUUUAGGUGAGGCAUAUCAGGUUCUGAGCAAUCCGGAUAAGCGAGCAGCUUAUGACAAAUAUGGCAAAGAAGGUGUUCAGCAGGAUGCAAUGGUCGAUCCUGCAGCUGUAUUUGGUAUGCUUUUCGGAAGCGAAGUCUUUGAAGAAUACGUUGGCCAGCUUGCACUUGCUUAUUUGGCAUCAAUCGAAGCUGACUUAGAAUCACAUGAGCCUGAAAUCAGAAAACAAAUGCUUCAAGACAAGAUCAAAGCUCUACAAAAGGAAAGGGAAGACAAGCUCGCCGCUGCAUUGAAGAACAAACUUGAACAGUUUGUGGAAGGACGGACCGAUGAAUUUAUCGAAUGGGCUAACGAAGAGGCAAAGCGGCUUUCUUCUGCCGGUUUCGGAGAGGCAAUGAUGCAUACGAUUGGUUACAUUUACACAAGAAAAGCUGCUAAAGAAAUCGGUAAAGACAAGCGAUAUAUGAAAGUACCGUUCUUAGCAGAAUGGGUGCGUGACAAAGGCCACCAUAUGAAAUCUCAAGUGAUGGCUGCUUCUGGUGCGGUGUCGUUACUUCAGUUGCAAGAUGAAGUGAACAAGUUGAAUGAACACCAAGGAGAGAACAAAGAGGAGCAUAUUCAGAAAGCAAUUGAAGCUAAAAUGGAUGCUUUGCUUCAAUCCCUUUGGCAAAUCAAUGUUCUCGACAUCGAAUCCACUCUAUCUCAUGUUUGCCAAUCUGUGCUUAAAGAUCCAAGUGUUUCUAAAAAUGUUCUUCGAGCUCGUGCCAUAGGAUUGAAGAAACUUGGAACGAUCUUCCAGGUGAGCAAGAACAAAAGGGGUGCUAAGAAGCCAUACACGAGAGGAAGCAGCUUGCGUCGCGAACCCGCUGUGAAACAAGACACCGGAGGUUCUUCAAAGGCAACGUCUUAAAACUCCCAAUUGAAUAUGAUGAAGUUGCAUUUCCCCUUUUUUUACUUUGCACAAGUUUUGUAGAGAUUGAAAAUUUUGUUUGUGUAGAUGAAUACAUUUGUUAUUCUCAUCAAAUACUCGUUAAACCAAAGUGAUACCUCUUUAGUAUUUUCCAAUAUUGUUUCAUCA